AUGCUGACAGCGAUCGGCAGGGCUGCCGCCCGCAGAGUCCUGCUCCCUAGCAAAAUAGCCGCAUCAAAACUUACGACACAACUACCUCAUGGAUCCGUGGCUUACCGCCUCCCCAAGGCCUUGACUCUCCUUGUCGCCGCCCGGCCCUUGACCGUGUCGGCGUGGAUGCGCUCGCCGGCCAAGAUUUCUGGCAGCAAGACCAAGAGAACCGGCACAGCCACGAAGAAGAAGACGACGAAGAAGGCCUCUGCAACCAAGAAAAAGACUAAGAAGGCCGCUGCACCAAAACGACAAACCAAGAAGGUAUUGACUCCUGAGGAGAAAGAAAAGGCGGAUCUGAGGCACCUGAAGAAGAUGGCCUUGUUGAAGGGACCGACCCUGUUACCCGAGUCGGCUUGGGCCGUCUAUGUGACGAACAAUAUUGGUGCUGGGGAGGGUAAAUUGACAGAGAGGAUCAAGGGGAUUUCUAGCAGGUUUGCUGGGCUGUCGGAGUCGGAGAAGGAGGGCCUUAAAUCUACCGCUCAAUCCAACCACGAUGCCAACAAAAACACCCGCCAGCAGUGGGUCGAGGCACACCCCGUGGAGGCUAUCUACAUGGCAAACAUUGCUAGACGCCGCAUUGCCCGCAAGACCAACAAGUCGCGCAUCUACCUAAUUCAUGAUGAGCGCCUGCCCAAGCGUGCUCGCAGUGCCUAUGCGCUGUUCAUCAAGUCUCGCUUCUCCAAGGUCAACAGCCAAUCUGGCAGUAGCACGGUACAGGAUACGUUCCGUGCUAUGAGUGAGGAGUGGCGAUCCAUGUCGGAGUCGGAGAAGCAGCCGUUCAAGGAGGCGGCGGCCUCGGAGAUGGAGAAGUCAGCGGCGCUGUUGAAGGAGUUGAAGGAGAAGGCUAGGGCGUAUUGGAAGGCCCAGGGAGGUGUUGCUAGGCAAGUGCCUUCUGUGAGAGGAUGA